CUUAUUUUUUCACAUAUGACAACGUGGAGGAGUUCCCUCCCUCCCUCUCUGCCUCCAGUCAGUUUUUACAAGCUGUUGCAUGCAGCUUCCUCCACAACGCGUGGGUGAAAAGCAGAAGGAGAAUGAGAGGAGAGCAGAGGUGGGAACUGCAGCUGCCUCGCCGGGAAUGAAGGCGCAAGUAUGCCCUGUGAGACGGUGUGGAGGACCCGCCACUUUUACGCACACGAAAAGAAGGUGAUUUAGUAUCGGAUCCCGGUUCUCAAGAGGCACCUUUUGUGCAGAGAAAGAAAAAGUUUGCCUCAGAAAUUGUCAUUCAAAAAACAGCAGAGAUGAGAUUGAAGAGCUCCAAAAGUUGGAUUGUCCGAGGCUGGAUGACGUGCGUCCUCGUCAGUUUUUACUCAGAGAAUGCAGUCUCCAAAUCUGUCCAGUGUGAUGAAACCGAAUACCUAAAAGGCUCCAGAUGCUGCAAGAAGUGUGAACCAGGCCGCCGUGUGUUUUCUGACUGUACUGAGUCCGAGCAGACGAAAUGCAUCAAAUGUAAUCGUGGUGAAUAUCAGCCUGGCUUGACUGACAAGACGCGCUGUCUUCAGCAAAAGUUCUGUGACCCAGUGAAGGGUUUUCUGUUGAGGCCUGAGAACCUCGUUGCAGAGGAGCCGUGUCGCUGCCGUGCCGGCCUCCAAUGCUACCCCAUCAACUGUGAGUACUGUGAGAGAAUCCCCACCUGCAGCGCUGGAUAUGGACUGGAGGUGGACACUGAGUCUACUCAUGAAAGGAAAAUCUGUGUUGAAUGUAAAAAAGGCUUCUUCUCUGCUGACAACAGCGUCGACCAGUGCAAACCAUGGACUAAUUGUAAGGCUCAAGGCAGGCGUGAAGCAGAGCCAGGCAGCCCUCAGGCUGAUGCAGUGUGUGGACAACCUCUCUCUGUGGCAGCGCCCUCCUGGGUGAUAGUGUCUGUGCUGUCAGUCAUCACUGUUCUGUGUCUCCUCAUCCUGCUCCUCUUCUGCUACAAGGACAAACUCAAGUUACUCUCUGUGAAUCUACGGUCCUGUGUCCAGAAUCUGAAGAGGACGAGGAUACAACAGGAUACCUUGGCCCCUCUCUACCACAGUGGAGGCCCUGGAGGCCCCAAAUGCACCCCAUGUGAGAUGAGCAAACUCAUCUGCCAAGCACCCCACAGCCCCACUGAUGAGCCCCCAUGCCCCUUCCCCACUGCUGCUCCUGAAGUUAAGGUCUCACUACCCCCAACAGAGGUAGAAGACACCAAAGCGAAGACAGUGAUGGAGGAACAGAGUGAGGGCUCUGGGGAACCUGAGGAGGUGUCAGAAGAGGAGGAGGAGGAGGUUGGGAGUGUGUCUCCUCUUUUGGCAGGCUCUUGUGCUUGUGUCAUUCCAGUGCGGGAGCCAUUGGAAGUAGGGGAGAACGAGGACUGUAGCCAGGUGGUGAGCUCCGGGGCUACAGGGACCUGCUCAUGUGGAGGUCUAGAUGGAGAGAGGGAUGGAGAUGAGAGUCGGAAAGAGGAGAAGAGUGACAGUUUAACUGCGGACAAUAGUGAAACAAAGAUAAAUCCCUCCAAGAGUGAGACAGGUGUUGCUUCUCUUGUUUCUCUUUCCCCUCCUCUCAUCCACACCUCUUCUAUAAUCCCUCCUUCCUGUUCCAUCCCUGAACUGUGUUUGCCAUUGUCUCAGGCUAAGGUGAAACCAGAGUUUAAGCCUCACCUGACUGACAGGUCCCUGGUAAAACAGGAGGACUUAUACAGACUGACAAGCACAGAUCCCACCUCAAAAACAAACAGUGUGACCUCCCCGGUGACCUCUGUCAGCCCCUUAAUGACUUCAGUGUCUGUUGGAGACCUCUACCUGGACAAAUCCUGUGAGGCCUCCAGCCCAGAGCAAAGCCAGGGGCUUUCCUGGGGGGAGAACAGGGGGAACAAGCUCUCUUCUGUGGAGUCAGAGCUGGAUUGCUCACCUGAGAGCCUCCACAGUCAGCUGGCUGAACCAACUCUUACCUCAGGUCAGGUGUCCGGAAACAACAACACCACCUUCAUCUCUAGCGGUAAGGUCAUGAACUUUAGCGGGGACGUCAUCGUCGUCUACGUCAGCCAGACGUCUCUUGGAAGUGACGGGAUGGAGCAGGACGCCGCCUUUGGAAGCCCCGUCCAGGAAGAGGCCAAUGAGACGGCCACAUUUUUCCAGAGCAGCCGGAUGUCACAAGGAGACUCUUAUUCCCAUAGGACCUUGCAAGAAGAGACACUGCCAGUGCAAGAAGUGAUGGUAGAGCGACAAAUGGACAAGUGAAAAGUGACCAAUGGCUGUUUAUUUAUUAGAACAGUGACAAUGCAAAAUUGACCUCUGAUCGUUUGGGUUGGUUUUUUCAUUUCAUGUCCGAGCUACCAAUGAAAUUCCCAAAAAUGGCUUUAAAAACACAAUUCAUCCACUUUACCAGCCAACCAUUCAAGAACAAGGAAUCAACAGCUUUAUAUUCUAGUGAGGCUGGUCAGUCAUGGAAUGAUUGUCUUUCAGGGAUGUGAAGCUGCCAGUUUGCAUUGAUCUUUCUAUGGGCAACUCUAAAGUGCCUUUUGUUCUGUCUUUUCCAGUAGAAAGCUUGAGGCUUUUUCAAAUGGAAUCUCCCUCCAUUCCAGACAAUCAUGGGGAAUUUUGAUGGGAAUUGGAUGUUGAAGUAGACUUCAGACUGGAAGAAUGUCACAUUUUUUUAUUGUUAUAUGGAAAUUACUAUUGGGUAAUAACAAAGGAGUAACUUUAUUUUUCAUAUCCCAUCUAUCAUCAUUAAAUAUCCCGGGUUAACGUCUGUAGACUUUGUGUUUUUAACUGUUCUAAAUUUGACAUUUGGAUGAUUUCUAGAGUUUCCUCGCAUUACAAAAAUAUCCACCAUGUGGAAAUAAUUGUUUGCUCUCACAAAUAUCUGCCAUGAAAGUAAACAUUUUUAUGGUAGAAAAUUCAAUCGAUUUGCAACAUUAAAACCUGGCAGGGCAGGAUCAUAGUUAUAAGAUUUAAAAAAAGUGAUGAAGUAAAACAAUUCCCUGUUAUUUUUACUUUUUUGUCCUGGUUUGCAGAGUUUAACAGGAACUUUUAUUAUACAAUAAAGUGACACAUCCAAUUUUGGAACGAUGCUUUUUAUCUUGUUAGAUUUUUUUCUCUUAUUGCACCUCAAGUGCAGUUUGUGUCUAAGAAAAAUGCUAUGCAUUUGAUAAGCUAUCUUAUUUUUUGGUGUGUUCUGUUUUAAUUUGUUUUGAUGUACAAGCCUUAAUGAAGAAAAGUAAAAUGUCAGCCUGUUUAUAUUAAGUCUUAAUUCAUUUUACAAAGUUGAUUGUUUAUGUGAUAUGUCAAAAGAUACAUAUGUGAUUGAUGUGUGUAUAUAUAUUUCAAAAAGAGCUUGAUGGGUUUUUUUUUCUAAACAUGAAUGAGAAGAUUUUGUGCUUCCUCUUAUUUUAUUUUGAGUGUGGAUGUGUGAAGUGGAGCCAUCAACAGCAGGCGACACUUACACACACUAUAGGAGUUAAAAGGGACUGUUUAAUCACCACCUCACCACAUGUAAAAAAGACUUUUACUAAUUAUGUACACAUCAAUCAAAGCUGUUGCAAUGAAUGACUGAAAGAAUAUUUUGAUUUGAAUUAAAUGUGUUUUUCAUCGAA